AUGAAGGUCAAGAAGGAGAAGAAGGAGAAGCCUACUUGUCUGACGGCGUGGUUUGACUUUAUUAGCAUUGUCAGUGAAAAGGGGGAACAUCCCGAGAAGAACCCGCCUCCAGCGGAGACCCAAGUGAGCGUGGACAAGAAGCAGAUUUACAUUGGCAACUAUGUCACGAAAUGGAGCGAUGUCAGCAACCUGGAGAUCCGCGUAGACCCUGAUGACUCGACCCAUGGCUUUAACUUCAAGGACAUCAAGGCGAUGCGUCUCAUGGAAUGCAAACAACCCGUUGGAACGCCCAAACAAUGGGAAGCCUUUCAUACAUUUGUGGCCAAGAAAUGGGCCAAGAUCAAUCACAAUAGCAAUGAAGAGUUGGCACGCCAACGAGCCACCAAUCCCAUUCCGAAGAAGGUCAAGCCCAAGAAGACAUACAGUAGAAAGAAAAAGGGCACUACUACCUUCACUACCACUUGGGGCUCUAGCGAACAAUUCUCCGACGAUGAGAACGAUGAUGAUACUUUGAACCAACCAAACAAAGACAGGAACGAAAUGGAACCUUCUGCGGAUCUUGCACCCAAUGACGACGCCAUGGAAGAGGACGACGAGAUGGAUGCUCAACAUGAAGAAGACAAGGCAGACUCUGGCGACGACUUGGAGGAGGAUGAACCAUCACCUGUGCCUGUUGCAAACACCAAAACACCCAACGCAAAGGGAAAACGUGUGGGAAGACGACUACGUCGCAUUUCGUUGGAUGAGCCAAUGGAGGACUCGGACGAUGAGUUCCAAGCGGACUUGACAACGACAACACCCGCCAAUGCCCAACGAGUGGUGACUCCGUUUGAACGGCAAAAAGCGUUGGAAGAUGAUGACGACGACGACGACGACGAACACGUGGAUAGGAAGAAUGAGGUGACUCCCACCACAGUUGAUACCGUCAAGAGCAAGAAGAUUAAUGCCUUCUUCAUGCCCAAAGCCAACCACAAACAGCUCCAACCAGCUCCAGAGGAACCCCCCAGCACAGGUUCCAAGAAACCGGGUUCCAAGACACCAGCUUUGGAUUCUACAAACAAGCUUGCCACUUCUUCCUCCACUCCCAAUCAAUCGGCAUCCACUCCCGUGCGAGAGCCAAAGGUGGAUCUCUUUCACUCGCCCAAGUCACCAAAGGCAACUACUGCUGCCGGAACAGGAACCCCCGGUUUGACGCCCACAUCAGAGAUUGGCACACCCAAAGCUCCUCCGGCAACAGCAUCCAAGACAACACUAAAGAAACGGCGAUGGGAUGACAAGGAGAAUGGGGACGAGGAAGAACCCUGGAUGUGUCGCCGGUCCCCGCCCUUUCAGCCUGCCAUUGUUGACUCUCCCAGUAGUGGUCGCAUGAACAAGAAGAAGCGGAAUUGCUAUGGCGGGAGGGGCCUUGGCUGCUUGCCGACACGGGCACGUCUUGGCAACAACAACCAAGAUGGAAAGUCUUUGGGGUGGCGCGACGAAUCUCCUCCUGUGGCGGAAGAUGCCAAUACCGGUACAAAAGAUGAUGACAAUCGUCCUUCGUAUCGAGGUUUGCGCAAUGGGGGCAACACGUGCUAUUUGAACUCUUCUCUGCAAUUGCUCUUUACUGUGAAAGACUUUGUUGACAGCAUUGAUGGAAAGGGAGGAGAGUUGACACAGAGUUUUGUUUCCACCGCUCGAAUGGUUGGCGACACAUCCAAGCCUGGAGCGGCGUCGGCUUUUGCAGUCAAGCGGGCGAUUGACAGAAAGACGGACAAGUUCAAAGGAUUCCAGCAGCGAGAUGCGCACGAGUUCUUGGGAGACCUAAUCGACAACAUACACGAGGAAUUGGUUGAAGAAGACAAACAAAAGCGAAAGAAGGAAGAGGCCGUCGAAAAUGAAGAGACCGUUGAAAAAGAAGAGCAAGAUUCCAAGGAAGAACAGCAGGAUGAUGGAAAAUCCAAUGGCAACGUGCAACCCUCGUCUCCAAACAAUGAUGUCACAAAGGACGAGGACGGAACGACAACAACUAAGGAAGACACGACAACUAGCAACCCAGUAUCCACUGAACCGUCAGAGGAGUUUCCUCAGACAAAGGCUCACGGCAGCGAGAGCGGAGAGAUCGCCACAGAUGACGCAUCCACGAGCACACCUUCUCUACAGUCCGCCGAAGAGAUUGAAAACUUCGAGGCAUCAAAGCUAUCGGAUGCUCCAGCUGAGGCUGGUUUGGGCACGAAGUUCCCGACAGAUGAUUUCUUCCGUUGCGAUAUGGAAGUUUGCUUGACUUGCAACCACUGUUCGUAUUCUCGGACCAAGAAAGAAACCUACAUGCACCUUUCACUUGAUAUUGACCAGACAACCCAGGACGAAAAAGAUGGCGACGAGGCCGUGUCAGUCAAGAAGAGUCUCGAGAGGUUCUUCCAGGCGGAGGAGCGUGAGAUCAAGUGUGAAAAAUGCAAGGUCGGCAAUACAGCCUCGCAAUCAUUGAAGCUAUUGAAUCGGCCCAAGGCUCUUCUGUUGCACUUGAAGCGGUUCAUCGUCGAGCAGCGAGAGGCCAGGAAUGGAGAUAUCGAGAUCACAGUGAACAAGAACAAGGCACCAGUAGAUCUCUCGGAGCACGUAUCAUUGGACGCGUUCACGGGAGGCAACCAAACAGGCGCGCAUGAAUAUUCUUUGAAGAGCCUCGUUCACCAUGUCGGGAACAGCUCUUCGUCGGGCCAUUACACAGCACACGCAGAGCGGUGCCGACGUCAGGAAGGUAGCGAAGGUGACGAAAACAAGUCGCUGACGGAGUGGGUAUACUUUGAUGAUUCCACAACAAAACUCGCUACCCUGGAUGGGAUCAGAGACAGCCCAUAUCGAAAGAAGAACGCUUACUUGCUUCUAUACACUCUAUCCUAG